GCUGGUGUGAAGAUCGGUUAGUUUUGUGGAGGAAACGUUCAAGUUUGCACGCACAAUGAUGCGCUGGAUCGUUGUCUUUCAAGUGCUGUGUUACUGUUGCUGGCUAGUGUGCGGUACUCUGAAUCCUCGUGUACUAAGUAGCCUUGCGACAAUGAUAGGUGAAAUGAACGAAAUCGAUUAUGGAAACCCUCAGCUAAGAAAAGUGUACGAUUACGUGAUCGUUGGUGCCGGACCGGCUGGCUGUGUGCUGGCGAAUCGUCUGUCUGAGGAUCCUUCCGUGUCGGUGUUGAUUCUGGAGCUGCGUCGUGGCGAACGACCUGCCUUUUCGGAACCGCCCAUGCUUGGGCCAAUGCUGAUGGCGUCGGACUACAGUUUCGGAUACGAGACGAAGCGUCAGAAGUACGGCUGCCUUGGGUUAACCGAUCGUAAGUGCAGCUGGACGCAUGGGCGAGGUGUUGGUGGAUCGUCGAUAAUUAACAACAUCAUCUACACGCGUGGCAACAGGCGCGACUUUGACAAUUGGGCCCGUGCCGGUAUGGAGGGUUGGAGUUGGGAGGAUGUAUUGCCGUACUACAAAAAGAUUGAGCAUGCCAAUGUGAAGGAUUUUGAUGAGAAUGGAGCCCACGGGAAGAGUGGCCGAGUGUCGGUGGAGGACUGUCCGUUCAGAUCGGAAGUGGCCAAGGCGUUCGUGGCGAGUGCGGCACAAUCUGGUUAUCCGUACCUGGACUACAAUGCUGGAGACAUUCUAGGCGUUUCGUUCUUGCAGGCACACUCGAAGAAAGGACAUCGGGUGACGGCUGGAACGGCCUAUCUGAAGGAUGUGCGUCAUCGACCGAAUCUGCAUAUAUCCACGCGAUCGUGGGCAACGCAGAUACUCUUCAAUGAAGAUACCAAGGAAGCCACCGGAGUCCGAUUUACCAAGAACAAACGCUAUCACACAGUGCGUGCUAGGCGGGAAGUGAUCCUCUCCGCUGGAGCGUUCGAGACACCGAAGCUUCUCAUGAACUCAGGAAUCGGCCCCGCGGCUCAUCUGCAACAGCACGGAAUACGCGUUCUUCAAGAUCUUCCCGUUGGGCGGCGAGUGUACGAGCAUGGUGGUGUCUUUGGACCUAUCUUCACAAUGCGCAACGGAUCCCCUGCAGAACAGAACCUGCUCAACCUGGAACAGUUCCUAACACUCGACGAGAUCGUACGCUUUCGCAACGGGACUGGUCCGUUAACAUCGAACUCGAUCGAAAGCUUGCUGUACGUGAAGUCUCCUUUCGCUAGCGAUCCCGACCCAGACCUACCCGACGUUGAGGUCAUGCAAGCGUUCGGUUCGAUGAGCUUUGACUCAUCGAUCGGGUUGCGCACUGCGUACCGGUUGCCGGAGGCGCUUAUACGCGACUACUACGGACCGCUGGUGGGUGUGCGGAACUUUAUGUUCUUACCAAUGCUUAUGAAAACGCACACCGUAGGUAGGGUGGAGCUGAAGUCGCGUAACCCAUUCCAUCAUCCCGUGUUCCAUUAUCAAUACUUUGAGGAUGAGCGCGAUGUGGAAGCGCUUGUGUACUCGAUCAGGGAAGUGUUGAGGAUUGCUGAGGCGGAGCCUUUACAGCGGUUGGGCAUUGAGCUUUACAACCGGCCUUUGCCGGGAUGUGAGGAGUUUGAGUUCAAUUCGGACGACUACUGGCGGUGUCAUGUACGUAGACAGACAGCGACUUUCCAGCAUCAGGUGUCCACGUGUUCGAUGGGCCCAGUUGGCGAUCCUGAUGCGGUGGUUGAUCCUCGGCUGCGUGUUCGUGGAAUUGGUCGGCUGAGGGUGGCUGAUGUGAGCAUUAUUCCAGAGCCACCGUCCGCGCAUACGUGUGCCAUGAGCUAUCUGAUCGGGGAGAAGGCCGCUGAUAUGAUCAAGGAGGAUAAUCAAUGAAGAAAUGAAUGGAGGUCUCUGAGACGCAAAGAAUUGAAGCAACAUUAGAAAACUUAUUGGUACCCUAUAAAGAAACUCCAAUCGUUCCAGCAUUAAAAUCGUUCUUUUCGUUCUACUUCUCACUACGCACGGCAUGCAAUGAAAGCUCGCGAGACCAACGAUUCCCAUAGGUGUAUAAAGCACAUACACACAAAAAAGAGAGAUAUCGAAAAAUCGCCCAGCCCAUGUGUAUGUGAAUUCUAAAUUGCCUAUGUUCACACCAUUUAGAAUGGUGUUGCUACUCCAUACCGAAGGUCACACUGGGCGAACUGCUUCCCAAGCGCUGUCUCUCACGCACAUUUCGCCCAUAGGCUCUGCCCGAUCAUGCCCCGGUCAGAUUUGUCAGUCAGAAACGUCCACUUUUUAUGAUUUUUUCUUAUAAACGGGAAAUUUAUUGAAUCCACCAUUCCAGUCACAGCGCAUAUAGACAGAAAGAGUGGCCCUGGCGAGAAGUGUUGACGUGCUUGACGUCUUUUUUUUGUAUAUGGAAACGUUUGAAGAAUAUCAAAAAAGUGCUUCCAAGCAGUCGUUGUUUGUUUUGCUUUCUGUUUUCUUUGCGGUAAAAAUCGCCGUAUGAAGCAAUGGUCGUGGUAGGCAGCAAGGUUCGUCGCUUGACGAAAUUUAUUAGCUAAUAUAUUCAAAAGCAACCAAUUCCCUCCUUCAGUCUUAGUUUUUUUGUUGUUACUGCUGGGAACAACGAUGUCAACGAUGGACGUAUCACGUCUGCGGAACGAUGUGACAAUCGUCAAUCAAAUCCAGCACCACAGUAGGAGCGUGUUCCCACCGUCACCGUACAAAGGAAGACAUUUCGAACAUUUCGGCUUGGGAACGAGCGGAAUAA